AUGGUACUGUAUCAGACAGCUUUCCUUUCUUGUCCUAGAUCUAUCCUCAAUGUUGUUGGUCUAUGCCUGGUACUGUAUCAGACAGCUUUCCUUUCUUGUCCUAGAUCUAUCCUCUAUGUUGUUGGUCUAUGCCUGGUACUGUAUCAGACAGCUUUCCUUUCUUGUCCUAGAUCUAUCCUCUAUGUUGUUGGUCUAUGCCUGGUACUGUAUCAGACAGCUUUUCUUUCUUGUCCUAGAUCUAUCCUCUAUGUUGUUGGUCUAUGCCUGGUACUGGAUCAGACAGCUUGUCUUUCUUCUCCUAGAUCUAUCCUCUAUGUUGUUGUUGGUCUAUGCCUGGUACUGCAUCAGACAGCUUCUCUUUCUUGUCCUAGAUCUAUCCUCUAUGUUGUUGGUCUAUGCCUGGCACUGUAUCAGACAGCUUCUCUUUCUUGUCCUAGAUCUAUCCUCUAUGUUGUUGGUCUAUGCCUGGUACUGCAUCAGACAGCUUUUCUUUCUUGUCCUAGAUCUAUCCUCUAUGUUGGUCUAUGCCUGGUACUGCAUCAGACAGCUUCUCUUUCUUGUCCUAGAUCUAUCCUCUAUGUUGGUCUAUGCCUGGUACUGCAUCAGACAGCUUCUCUUUCUUGUCCUAGAUCUAUCCUCUAUGUUGUUGGUCUAUGCCUGGUACUGGAUCAGACAGCUUGUCUUUCUUCUCCUAGAUCUAUCCUCUAUGUUGUUGUUGGUCUAUGCCUGGUACUGCAUCAGACAGCUUCUCUUUCUUGUCCUAGAUCUAUCCUCUAUGUUGUUGGUCUAUGCCUGGUACUGCAUCAGACAGCUUUUCUUUCUUGUCCUAGAUCUAUCCUCUAUGUUGGUCUAUGCCUGGUACUGCAUCAGACAGCUUCUCUUUCUUGUCCUAGAUCUAUCCUCUAUGUUGUUGGUCUAUGCCUGGUACUGCAUCAGACAGCUUCUCUUUCUUGUCCUAGAUCUAUCCUCUAUGUUGUUGGUCUAUGCCUGGUACUGUAUCAGACAGCUUCUCUUUCUUGUCCUAGAUCUAUCCUCUAUGUUGUUGGUCUAUGCCUGGUACUGCAUCAGACAGCUUUUCUUUCUUGUCCUAGAUCUAUCCUCUAUGUUGGUCAAUGCCUGGUUCUGCAUCAGAAAGCGUUCUGA